GGAAAGGAGGGGAGGUGGUCCUUGGGGGAGAAGGUGGGGGGUUCUUAAUGUGCCUGAGGGUGGUUUGAUAUAGUAAACUUAAUGAGAGUUAGGCUUUGGUGAAUUGGGGAAACAUAAGAAUGAAAACUAGUGAAGAGUAAUGAACAACGUGUAGAAGUGUGUAAAAUAAUAAGUGUAAAAUAAUGAUUUCUGUACAAUGAUGGGUUGGAUUUCUGCAGACAUACAAAGCAUUUAGGAUAUUUGUUUAAAUAUUGCAAAUAUUAAUUAAUGUUGUUAAUAUUUUUUUUUAUUAAACAAAUUACUUAGCCUAAAAAUCUCUUAUUUAUCACAAGCAGUUUCUUUUUAUUAUUUGGUUGUAAUGAAUGCCAGGACCUAGUAAAGGAAUGCUGGUUAGGAAGACUGUUGUAAACAAUGUAGAGGCCUAAGUUUAUAGGAAGAAAUUAGUGUGGUUUAGUGUGGAAUUAUGAAAAAUAGCUUUAUAAAGAUGUUGGAGAUGGUUUGGGGGAAGUUUUUUAGAUUAGUUUCAGCUCAACUCGACUGAUUUUCACACCCCCCCUCCCCUCUAAUGGUGAUCACUCCCUCCAGCAGGAGCGAUGGCCCUCCAUUCUGCUCCUCUAUCACCCCAGCGGGACUUUACAUCAAACUGUUAAUUGUUCCCCUCAAACAGAGCCGAGCCUGGAGCCAGCGGUCUGCCCGGGGGUUGAGGACCGACUGCCCGCUCCUCCCUCUCGGGUUAAUCAGCAUGACAAAGCUCCGGGCGGUCCCUGGGGUCUGCCUGCCCGGAGCCCCGGGAGACUGUCACCUUGACUCGAGACAUGCCCAGCCGAGGCGCGCCCACAGCGGCUUAGCGGAGGCAGGAGCCCGGCCGCGGGGCCCCGACAACACCGGGCUGAUGGAGGAGGAGAAGCCGCUGCAGCUGCCCCGCGAACCCCCCGGCUCCCUCUACCCGGAUCAGGCGGACAAGCAGGCCAGCUCCUGGGACCCGAAUGGGAACGGAGGCGGCGGGAAGAAGAAAAACUACCAGCGGUACCCGAAACCUCCGUACUCUUACCUGGCCAUGAUCGCCAUGGUCAUCCAGAACUCUCCCGAGAAGAAGCUCACCCUGUCCGAGAUUCUGAAGGAGAUCAGCACCCUCUUUCCUUUCUUCAAAGGAAACUACAAAGGGUGGAGAGAUUCAGUUCGACACAACUUGUCUUCCUACGACUGCUUUGUUAAGGUGCUGAAAGAUCCUGGGAAGCCUCAGGGCAAAGGUAAUUUCUGGGCUGUGGAAGUUAGCAGGGUUCCUCUGGAACUCCUCAAGCGACAGAACACUGCUGUCUCCCGCCAGGACGAGACGAUUUUUGCCCAGGACCUUGCCCCAUACAUCCUCCAAGGACACCCACACACUCACAGACCAGAGACGCACCCGUCCGAACCUCCGCUGCCUCACGUUCCUAGCCGUCACUCGUCUCCUGCUCCAGAGGAUCCUUACCGCCCUAAACUGGACUCCUCUUUUGCUAUUGAUUCGCUCCUCCACAGCAUCAGGCCGGCUAGCACUGCUGAAGAUGGGAUUAGGGCUAGAGACAGCUGGGGGUUAGAACUUCCCCCUCACGGUCGAAUCACAUCUCCGCUUCGUCCACGAUACACGUCAUCCAAUCGCAGUGCAUCUGCAAGCUCCACUAGUCCCGCAUCUUCCUCAUCGGAUGAGGACUGGAGAGGGCUUUCAAGGUACGGUAAACGAGGAAGUGAUGGAGAUCCAGGUUCGGAUGGAUACGAUGAUUCUUGCCUGCCGCCAAACAAAAUCGCCAAACGUGGCUCGGCCCCUCCUUGGGAGCUGCCGACCUCUUACGCUAAAUACACCCCUCCCAAUGCCGUGGCUCCUCCAAGCAUGCGGUUUAAUGGCAAUCCAUUCAUGCCACUAGGGGGCAUCCCAUUCUACAGCUACGGCACCCCACAUGUUGCGCCCAGUCACUUUAGCGGCCACGCGUACUGGCCCCUCCUACCAAGUGGCCGCGUUUCGUUACAGGCCCCACCACUCUUAAUGGACUUGGACAGCAUGUUGCAGUCGGUUCCGCCCAACAAAAGCGUGUUUGAUGUCCUUGGAGCCCCUAAUCAGACUGUACACCCACCCCCAACUCAGUAUGCUUUGCAGAACGGACCUCCACUCAGCAGGUAUUCACAGUGCUAAUGCUAAUGAACUGUUUCCUGGAAAUGUAUUCUCACACCAGGAUGGGAUUCAGUGUGGUAGCUGUUUCCCUGAAGACAUACUAACUGUGAUAUGCUGCACAAGGCUGAUACUGUAAAUGUGGAGAAAACUAUGCUUUCUUUGUUUUGUUUUGUACAGACAUUUACCAAACAUUUCAAAGAACGUAUGCCACAAAAAUCUUUACAGCUAUUUUUGAAAUCUGCCUCAGUAAAACUGACCUACAGGGACAGCUGAAUGUAGAGCAACGUUCACCAAAGACUUUGCACUGACAGAGUUUGCACUGUUACUUCUUUCUCUGUCUAUGUACUUUUAUUCCUCUUUUAAAUGUUUACUACCUCGACAUUUGAAUGUCCUCCCUUUAAAGUCUUAUUCCUUAAAACAGGGUAUGUAUUUAAAUGUUUUAUUUUUUCUUACACAAAGCGUGUGGUCUCUUUAGAGACCAGUUUAAAUGCUAGAUUGUAAAAUGCCACUGAUUUUUUUUUUUUUUUUUGGUUCAGGCAGUGAAUGAAAUAGGAAUUUGGAUUUCUUGCACGUUUGAGCUUUGGCUAUUUUGAUUGGCUGAAGCUGUGUUUUUCUCAAAAUUUAUAGUAUUGUAAUGCUUUAUUGUGUGAACAGUUUAACACUGAUUUAAAAAAAACAGCUGAACAGUUUCCCCAUAUGACAGAUUCCAUACUCUGUUCUGAUGACCAUCUAAGACACGUGAGAUCUAUAAAUAAAACACAGCUUUUAUAUUUGGAUAUCAAUUUGCAAAUCAUUGACGACAAAGAAAAACUGUUGGUAAAAGUAAAUCAGAAAUUGAUUAGUUCAGUUGAAUCUGUCCAGUGGAAUCUAGACUCACUAGACAACUGUUGCCUGUUGCAUUUAAAAAGUGAGACUGGAUCUUGUCCUGUUUUUUAUGAUCUCCAGUGGAUGGUGUUUAUCAUAUGGGUUACUGGCCAGCUGGUCCAUUUCUUCUGACAGUGUCCACCAACCCCCGAGCUUUGCAAGCCACCCGAGCUUCUUGGUUCCUCGUGCAUCUGCCUGUGUACGUGGGGCCGACAAGUUAAGGACUUGCUGCCUGUUUGUGUGGUUUGGGGGGUGGGAGUUGAUGGUUUGUCAAUAGCCUCCUGAGCUAUUCAAGGCUAUGUGGUGAAAGUUAUCUAGAAGUGGGCUAGGCUAUCAGUACAGAUAGUUCUGACCAAUGUACCUCUUACCCCCACCCCCCAAAUAUCAGGAGAAAUCAGGGGAGCUCUGUUUUGGAUUGGUUGAAAAUGUAGAACCUGCAGCACUAAUCAAGUCUUAGAAUAAUCAAUAGUUUGCAGUGUUUUUAAAUGUUUACAGGUGUGAACAGUGGCUUACUUUCCCAUUAAUGUGACCAACAUGACUGUGAAUGUCUUAAUUAUAAAAGUUAUACAUUUUUCAACAA